UAAAUCUACUAAUGCCAAAAAUUUUCAAGGACGUGGAUAUAAAUUAGAUAGUAGAGAACGUGAACUUGAAUCUCAAUGCAAUGAGUUGCUUUUUGAAACCGAAUUUUUCGCUAAUAAAUGUUCCGAAUUUAGAAAUACUAAAGCUCUUGCAGAAGUGCGAUCUGAUGUGAUUACUAAAGAGCUAGAGAAAAAAAAUGACAAGAUUUUACAUCUCCAGAAAAAAAUAAAUCAGUACAUUAAUAACAAAAAUCAAAAUGACUUGAUUAAAAAACAACUCAAAGAAGAAAUUAAAGAGUUGAAAAGCAAAAAUACCAACCUUACUGAGUAUAAAGUCAAGUAUUAUAGUAAGUUGGAAGAAGCAAAUUCAUUCCAAUCUAGAAUCAAGUCAUUGGAAAAAGAAUUAUCUUUAAUUCAGAAAUACUCAUCAAAAAAAGAUUCUGAGAUAAUGUCUCUCAAAGCUGAAUUGGUGAAUAUAAAGAUUGAAUUAGAUUCUAAGGUCAGUGAGCUUGAGCAUCUAAAAUCAGAGGAUAUUUCAAUAUCUGUAGUUGGUAGAGAUAAUGAAAAAAAUAUAUCAAAGUCUAGACCCGAAGGAAAAAUUAUGAAUGAAGUCAAAAAAAUUAGCACUGAUAUACCAACUCAUACCAAUGAUAAAAUUGUUCCAAUAUUAGAAUCUUCAAAAAUCGAUACUGAGGUUACUUCUAAGAAUGUGACUCCGAUUAGAUCUCAUAAUAUUACAAUAGGAAGGAGUGAGGAAUUACCUAUUAUAGCAUUAGGUGCUAAGCAAAUUUUUCGCUCAACCUCGCCUUCUUGUUCUUUGAACUUGGAGCCAGAUUAUACCUACAGUAUGACCACCUCUGGUAAUUUGUUUUCUGGAAUAUACUCACAGAGUGAGGGCACUAAUGUGCCUAAACCGACCAUGAACGAACAAAGUGAAAAAAACUCAAAAACAAGAUUACCUCCAAUGAAACUUUUUCUUAUGGAUAUGGAUGAGGCUACAAAGCAUGCUUCAUCACGCUGUAUUGGGCAUCCAGCAAUGUCAUGGCCAUUCGCUAAGCUAGUUACGGGAAAAAGUGGCACAGGUAAGACUAAUAUACUCGGAAAUCUUGUUCUUGGUAACAAAGCUGAAUAUAUAUAUAAAAAGAAAAAGGGUGGAUCUAGAUAUAUACGGUGUAAUGAUUUGAUAGUUUGUGGAUACCAUCCUGAUGAACCAAAAUGGGCUUUCAUUAGAUAUAUGUAUGGAAUAAUUGCAAGUAAUCCAAGAGCAUCAUAUUACGAAAAUAUUAGAUUUA